GCGUUGAUGUGAGACCUGAAAAUAAACCUUUAUUUUGAAGGUUACAUCAGGAAGUUGUCUUCUCCAUUGCAUGUACCGUCACGUUCCGCCGACUCCACUGGUUCCUGAGCAGCCUGCUAAUGAUGAACUGUCAAGACGAGCACAGCACUCCAGUGAGAGUGUUGGUGACAGGAGGGUCCGGCUUAGUGGGGAAGGCCAUACAGCAUGUGGUUAAAGAAGAGAAUGGAGCCAAGGAGGGGGAAGAAUGGAUUUUUCUCUCCUCCAAAGAUGCUAACCUCAUGAACGUGGACGAGACACGGGCAAUAUUUGAGAAGCAUCGACCCACCCAUGUAAUCCACCUGGCUGCUAUGGUGGGAGGGCUCUUCAAGAACAUGAAGUACAACCUGGACUUUUGGAGGAACAACAUCUACAUCAAUGAUAAUGUGCUGCAGGCAGCACAUGAAGUGGGCGUAGUCAAGGUUGUUUCCUGCCUAUCCACCUGCAUCUUUCCAGAUAAGACAGCCUAUCCUAUCGACGAGACCAUGAUCCAUAAUGGUCCACCCCAUGAGUCCAACUUUGGCUAUGCCUAUGCAAAGAGGAUGAUUGAUGUUCAUAACAGGGCUUGUUUCCAGCAGCAUGGACACUGCUAUACAGCUGUGAUUCCCACUAAUGUGUUUGGUCCUCAUGACAACUUCAGCAUUGAGGAUGGUCAUGUGCUGCCAGGCCUCAUACAUAAAGCAUACAUUGCUCAAAAGGAGGGGAAACCCUUGGUGGUGUGGGGCUCCGGCACUCCUAGAAGACAGUUCAUUUACUCUUUGGACCUGGCUCGUCUCUUCCUCUGGGUGCUGAGAGAGUAUCCGGAAGUCGAGCCAAUCAUUCUCUCUGUUGGUGAGGAAGAUGAAGUGUCCAUCAAAGAAGCAGCAGAUGCACUUGUUGAGGCUUUGGGCUUUAAAGGAGAAGUAAUGCAUGACACCAGUAAAGCAGAUGGCCAGUUCAAAAAGACAGCCAGCAAUGCAAAGCUGCGCCGCUACCUGCCAGACUUCACAUUCACACCCUUCAAACAAGCUUUAAAGGAAACCUGUGACUGGUUUGUUGCCAACUACGACACAGCACGGAAGUGAAACCUCUGCUCUAAAAGUUAAAACCAUCUCAGCUGGACUGUCACCUGUAAGUAGAGAAGCUGAUAGGUGGAGGAAAAGGAAGUAAUCUGCACAGGCAGGAAGCAGUGAAAGAAGUCAGUUUGACCCUCACUCGGUGAGCUCCUUAAUAUCUCACUGAGUGAAAGUCUGCAGUACUGUCUUAGUAGUCAAUGUUGAUGAAGACCGGUUUCUCUUUCGCUUUAAGGAUCAGUCCGUUGUAGUUGUAGGAAAUGUAUAUUCUACUACCCAUGUGUAGAAAUAUCAGAGCUUUAUUCACUAUUAUAGCGUUAAUCAUUUGAACAGUUAAUUGAUUACUGCAGUCUUGAAAUCCAGGUUCUGCCACAACUUGCAGUUUCAGUGGUCAGCAAUCUCUCUAUUAACCUUUUCCAGCAGUUUCUAAAUGUGUUCCUGAAUGACUUUCCUUAUUGAGGGAUUUGGGAUUUGGAAGUUUUGAUGACUUGACAAUUCACUUUAAUGAACAGAAAGUAAAUUGUGGUACAUGCUGUCAGUUUGAAUGUUUUUUUACACAGUAUAUAUUGUCUCUGAGCAAGAUAAAUGUUUUAUACCUGU